AUGGCGGACGAACCUGAACAUUUCGUCUGUCAGUGUUUUUUCACCCAUAAUAUUUUUCUGAAUGACUACGAAGCUCACGUUACCUGCAAAAGUAAAGUUCAAUUCGAGAACGAGUAUCGGAAGGUACGUGGAAAUUAAGACUGAUCUUGGGUUUCUUGGAUAUCUUUGUUUUGUCACAAAUUUUAAGUUUAUUUAUUUAUUUUUUAUUUUUAUAAUUUUUUUAUUUUCCUUUUUUAUUUUCUUUUUACUUGAAAGGCACUUUAUCACAGAGGCUGUACAACGGACGAACAGUGGCAAGAAGUGCUUAAGCAAGUAAUUCAAAUGCAUUUGUUUCAGUAGUAAAUUUUUUUUUCGGAUGUAACUAUUUGUAUAGUACAGAGUGUAAAGGCUGACGAAGGGCUAACGCUCGAAACGUCAGUCUUUACACUCUUUACGGUGGUUAACACUAAAUUACCUGUUACACUCUCUUAACGACGCAUUGCACCACGGUUUCUUUAGAAACUUACUCCCUUUAUUAACUUUUUGUAUACGCUAACUUGCAUUUUUCGGAAGAUUACUUAGGCAAUGGCACUGAUACUACCUAAGAAAAUACGAUGGGUGACUUGACGGGUUAUAGGGCUCUGAGAAAUUCUGAUGUGCAGGCUAUGUGUACAAUACAUAGAUCUCUUUUUUUUAUAUUUUAAAAAAAAUUGAGAGGGUCCAUGCUCAAUGUUAGGUUUAAAUUAAUUAAGAUGGAAUAUGGAGCUGGCUCACUACAAUUACUAAAAAUAUCUAGGAAAUUAUUUGUAAUCCAGUGAGAAUUCAUAAUUGGAACUGCUUUAAUUACGAAAUUUUCAAUGCAUAGGUAGAAGAUGAAAUAGAAAGAAGAAAGAAGCUUGGAAGAGAUUCACAGAGGCGUAAAAAGAUCAUCAUCACUGAUUAUAAACCACUUCAUCCUGAUGUGUACAUUUUACAGGUCAAUGAAUUAUUUGUUGAUUGGUGUUAGGUUACAAAUAUCAUGCUGGGAACCAAUCUCAAUUUACUUCAUAUUUGUUUUAUUGGACUCUCUGUGAUAUUCUACUCAGUUCUUUGUUAUAUUUGGUCACCUGCCCUUAUCUUGCUCGGGAUAAGGGAUCUGUGCACACAUAUUAGAACAUUCAGCAACUGUCUAUCUACAAUCCCCUACCUCCUCCUCCUCAGGAAGAAUGUUUAUAUUUGUCUGUUAUUUUUAACCACAGUUACUUUUGAUACAAUAAUAAUUUCAUCCUUACAGGAUACUAGUCUGUAUGUCUGUAUUUAUAUAAUGUAUUUCUUGCCACCAUGAUGUAGGUCCAGAGAUACAAAUGCCUACACAUAUAACAUGGAAUUGUACUCACUCACAUCUGUAUUUCUACUUCUGCUCAAUCAGGAAUCAUUUCUUGCUGAUAAUUUUCUUUCAUUGGUGCGUUAUGCUAGAGAUGAUGUGACAGCCACAGCUGAUGGAUUGCUAUCCAUGAUAAAACAUUGUGACGGUAAGUAAAAGUUUCUACUUCUCUAGAAACUUUGAUGAGCAAAAACUGCAACAACCCUUGGCAAGGAGCAUCUUCUCAAAAGAAACAAUAGACUACUUCCACUGGGGUGUCCAAAGUAAUCUUUGAUUGCAUUAACCCUUUAAACCCUGAGAGUGAUAAGCAUACAAUUUCUCUCUACAAUAUCACCUAUGAUUUGUGAAGUAAGGCCACGAGAAUAGAGAAAAUGAUCACCAACUUAAGGAGUUCUUGAUUGUUAAACAAAUUCUCCUUGUCAGCACCUUGGGAAAUGUGUAGAGAACAGUAUGGAGAAUAUGCAUACUGAUGUUAGGGUGUAAAGGGUUAGUGGUCUUUGUGUCGCUGUUGUACAUGACUGGCUGAGAAAACUUGUACUAUCCUCUUACCCAAUCAGAUACAAAACUAAAACCAACCAAACUUGGAAAAUUGCAUGAAGUAGCAUGAACAUAUCAAUCAUGUUUUUAUUAAAAAUGACUGAAGUCAUAACUCUGGAUUAAAACAUUAUGAUGAUUAUUGAUAAAAUUAUUAUAAUUAUUAUAAUUAUUAUAAUUAUUAUAAUUAUUAUAAUUAUUAUAAUUAUUAUAAUUAUUAUAAUUAUUAUAAUUAUUAUUAUUAUUAUAAUUAUUAUUAUUAUUGGAAAUAAAACCUAGUAAUACUAUUUUACUAUUUCCUUUUAGCUGAAAAAGUCUACUCAUUUCAAGUAUUUACACCAGAAUUUUGUAAGAAGUUUAUUGAAGAAAUAAGCAACUUUGAAAACACAGAUCUCCCCAAGGGAAGGCCAAACACGAUGAACAACUUUGGGGUGAGAUUUUUGUCAUUUGUUUUCAAAGAUAAAUUACUAGAAAGUUAAAGUAAUAAAAUACAUGCAGUAGUUGUCAAGUUAAGGGAAAAGGAAAACAGGAUGUUGUAGAUUUGCAGCCUCAUUGGUUAAAUUUUCUGUGUGUGGAAUCAAGUAAGGUCAUGAGAAUACGGAAAUGAUAAGCAACUAAAGAAGCUCUUGACUGAUUUUCAAAUUCUCCCGUCAGUACCAAAGGAAAAGUACAGAAAACAACAUGGAGAAUAUGUAUACUGAUGCUGGCCUAUAGAUAUAGGUUUAACAAGAUGUUUGGAGAGUCUUGAAUUCAGCAGUUAUCAAAUAUCUCCAGGAAUCUUAAAGCUUACAGAAAAUUGUUUCCUAUUGCUUUUCAAAGUAGCUCAAGGUUUCUGUAAUUAAAUAUUGUUGGAGGUGUGCAGGCUUAAAUUACUGGGCUAUAAAUAUAUAAGUGGUGAACCCAUGCACAUGCACAUGCACAUGAACUAAUCCCAAUGAGAGUGCUCUUCAUGUUCUAAUAAUAAUUUAUUAUAUAGAUACUGAUGAAAUACCAGGAUUUUUCCUUUUACUAAACAAUUAUAUCUUCAUUGUGCACGGUGAAGAUACUAUUUUUAUCUAUCACGUGUGAGGAUAUUGGUGUCGCUAUGGUUACUAACAUGAUUACCCAAUUACAAGAGAGCUUCCCGCAUCAGGAAUUUCAUCAGUGUCCCUUCACUCACUCGUAAGAGAUACUUUCAGCACUCAAAGAUAAAAUUCGUAUCCCCGUGCAGCUGUGUAAUAUCCUCCAGAUGUGCAUCUGGGGUUGUGAGUCAUGCAUAGCUUUUGAACAUGUAACUGCUUGGUUUAUAUUGGAAUAUUAAAGUAAGCUUUUUUAACCUACACUCAUUGUUACAGUUAUUCCCCUUGAAAAUUUUUGAGUAUCCUUUGAGGAUCACUUUUUGAUGUUUUAAAAUCUUUUAGACUCUAAUUUUUUAUUUUCAGGUUUUACUGAAUGAGCUUGGUUUUGAUGAGAAUUUUUUUUCACCUCUGAGAACAAAUUACUUGAUGCCAAUCACAAGAUUGUUGUAUCCUGAAUGUGGGGGCAACACCUUAGAUUCACACAAGGCAUUCACAGUACAUUACAAGAUAGGAGAAGAUCUGGACCUCAGUUAUCACUAUGAUAACGCUGAGGUCACUUUAAAUGUUUCACUUGGUAAGGAGUUUGUUGGAGGAGAGUUGUUUUUUGGUGAUAUGAGACAGGUAAUCUAUUGUAUUUUUGACGCAAAAAUUUCAAAUUUUCAGGAAUUGCCAUACAUUUAAUGCUUUUUGGGUAUUUCUAGCAAUGAAAUUGAAUUGUGUCACUUUUGUGACACUGAAAAACUACCUCUAGAUUGAAGGAAACUAGCCUGAAGUGCAAGCAUCUUAUUAGGGUGAGUUAACGUUACAAGCUUGUGAUUGUUUACUCGACUGACCAUGUUUUGAUUAAGAUCCCCUUGGAACAAAUUUCCCCGAGCCUUCCACUGCUGUAAAAAUCAAAGAAAGGAGCUGUAAUUCUCACCAAGAAAACACUGAGCACUCGCUCGCCAAAAUCAUACCUACUCUGUAGACUGGAAACCUCGGAAUUAUGGCACUACAAGCAGUCCCCCCCCCAUUUCGGUGAAGUCCUUAGCGUGAGGCUUCGGGAGUGAGGCGCGCAAAAAGUGCUACUUUUUGUGCGCCUGAAUCUCAGAUUCAAAGUUCCGCGCGCCGCGCUAACAUAAUUUAUUUUCGCUGAUUUUUUGACUCGCGAAGCUGACUUUGUUGUCAAAAAAUAGUGGAUUGCAUGGGUUAACCUUUGGGAGGUAAAACAACAAAUGGGACACCUUACAUAAACAAGUAGUAGUUUUAAUUUACCCUUGGGCCUUUUUAGGUCCCCCUGAGAGAUACAGAAUGUACCCAGUGUGAACAUGUAACAAGUUACGGACUUCUUCACAGAGGUCAACAUAUGCAUGGAGCAUUGCCCAUCCAAUCAGGAGAAAGAAUCAACUUGAUUAUUUGGAUGCGUAGUUCUGUAGUGCGUAAUAAAUUGUGUCCGAGGGUGAUCGAGAGGUAA